AUGAAAUGGGAGAAGUUAAAGCCUCUGGAGCCAGAUGAUCCCAUGUGCUGCUGCGAGUGUGAUAUCUACCAGUACGGAUGCUGCUGUGACUGUGAAGAUCUGGACGAGGCCUUUAACAGGUGGCUGAGACACAAACCCCCUCACAGCAGAUGUCACUCUCCUGUUCUCGGGGCCCUGAUUGACAACUUGGAGAUCUCCAUGAUCCCGGCCCUGGUGCUGCUGCCUCUGCUGCUCCGGGCCGCAGCGCUGCACCACCUGCUGGGCAUCAUCAUCCUGACAGCUCUGCCCAGCCUGGUCCUCUGGUACUACUACGCCACGCACCGCAAGAGGAGACGCACCCUCUUCUUCCUCACUCUGGCGCUGUUCUCUCUGGCCUACAUGUAUUACCUCUUCAUCACAGAGAUUCUACCGCGUGGGGACGUCAGCCAUCUGCAGCUGUGCACUGUGACUGCUGGGAUGAUCCUCACCAUCGGAUCUCUCAUUCACACCAAGAGAGGCCCAGGGUUUCACACCACCUCCUAUCACAGCCAGAGUGAGGAGGUUAACAAGGACUCUACACAUCUUAAUGGAUCCAUCCAAUCAGCGGCCUCCUCCUCCUCUCCUCCUGCCCUGACAGAAAAGUGGAGCAGAUGCUCUGUGUGCAAAACAAUGCGACCCCCGCAGGCCGGACACUGUCGAACCUGUGAAUCCUGCGUCAAGCGUCUGGACCACCACUGUGUCUGGUGGGUUGGAUUUGAUAUUAUAACAUCUUUAUACUUCUUUGAAUUGUACAUUCACACCACAUCAUGAAAGUGAAUAUUGAAUUAUGACAGAUUAGAUAACUGCCCUGUAAUUACACAACAACGUUCACGUCUUAAUUCCCUGCAAACUGUGGUAACAAUUUGAGCAUGUCUAGGCCCUGAAAAAGCCCCAAAAGGGAAAUACAAAUCCUUCGAAAUACAAUAGGGCCUCCCACCGGAGGUGCUCGGGCCCUAACUAGUCACCAAAGCAACGUUGAAUCUGAGAGUGAGAGAAAAUGCAGAUGUUAAUGUGUAAUGACAGAUUACUCUCCCACCCACUUUACUCUCUCCGGUUGAGUUCCACUUCUCACCUCUGCAGGGCGCCACUGUUCCGCAGGGA